AUGGCACAAACGGAGAAGGGCCACGAGAGGACCGCCUCGACCGAUCAACGAACGUCUUGGUCUUGGAGGAAGCUUUUCGGCAAAGAUAGUAGUGGUCAAGCUACCCCUCCAGCCCCACUCGAAGAAGACAAACAGCGGCCUGGCCUUGCGCGCCGGUUAUCGAGAAAGGUUGUGCCCGGUCUACCUCGCGCGGGGACGUUCAAGAGGCAGCAGUCCGAGCUGCGAGACAGGCUUGAACCUGUCAAACCUAACCAUGAUGAGCGGCGGACAAUGUCAUUCGACCGACGGCGGAAUGCUUCGUGUCGGAACUCCUCCACUGCGGUGGCUAGCCCGCCCCGGGUGAGCGCCCCUGAGGUCCUGGGAACGACCGAGACCAUCGGCACUGUGCUGGAUCGCUUGCCAUCCGUACAAACUACACAAGAGGAGGAGGCUCAGGGAUAUGUGGAUCUGUCGAAGGAUGCAUUGAACGUGGACACGGCAUCAUUAUCCUCAGAGGCAUUUGAUGAGCUUAUACGAGAAGAGCUUGACCGUCGCUGGAUUUUAAAUCUCAGCAUGCACUUCAGAGACAAAUCAAGAAGGGAGAAGUUCUUCGUCACAUUUGCAGAAACACCGACCCAUUGGCGCAGAGUCACCAUUUCGGUGGACUAUAGGAACGCCCCAAAAGGCUCGCUGGAAGAAGAAUUGCAGCGAACCCGGUUCCAACGAGAUAAAAGCGCGCGAAUAUACGAGGCGAUUCGCGAGUCACUCCCGGACAUUCAGUUCUACGAUACUGUUACAAACUUGAAAUUACAGACAGAGAACGAUAGACUGCACGUGCACGUGGUGGAAGACCUUUAUGAAAUCAUCUACUACCCGCCAGUCAAAGCCAUCAGCCAUCUGAAUUGUCGCAGGGUCCGCGAAGACGAGCUCGUCUUUGAUUCUCACCUCUCUGGCUUCGUUUACAAAGUCCGUAUUAACGGCCAAGUCUUCAUCAAGAAAGAGAUUCCUGGUCCAGAUACCGUCGACCAAUUUCUAUACGAGAUCAAUGCAUUGCAUCAACUGUCUGGUUCUCGCAGUGUCAUCCGAUUUGGGGGUGUAGUGCUCGACAAUAAGGGCGAGAUUGUCAAAGGGCUUCUCAUAAGCUUUGCGGAGCAGGGUGCCUUGAUCGACAUGAUCGCGGAUGGCGAGGGCAGGAUUCCUUGGAGUCGGCGUGAACGUUGGGCAAAACAGAUCGUCCAAGGACUUUCGGAGAUCCACGAAGCCGGUUUCGUCCAAGGCGACUUCACCUUAUCGAAUAUUGUCAUCGACGAAGAUGACAAUGCGAAGAUUAUUGACAUCAAUCGACGAGGAUGCCCAGUUGGCUGGGAACCACCAGAAGUUGCCGCACUCAUCAAGAGCAACCAGAGGAUCUCGAUGUAUAUAGGAGUCAAAUCGGAUCUAUUCCAACUCGGCAUGGUCUUAUAUGCCCUGGCCACACAGCACGAUGAACCGGAAACUCAACGGCCCUUGGAUUUGGGCUACCUUCCACGUGAGAUACCGGAUUAUUAUGUAGACCUUUGCGAACGCUGUCUCAACGAUGACCCACGGCGUCGACCGCAAGCAGAGGCUUUACUUAAGCUGUUCCCC